AGCUCCCCUCAAAGAAUAACCCAACAUGAUUAAACCACUUACAGAGGCACAGAGCCAGAGAGGCGGAGUGAAGGAGGUCUUGGCUCUGGGGGACAAAAAGGACUCCUCUUUGGGCCACGUGACUACGUCCUCUCCAUAGGACCGUUUCUAGCGAAUAUGUCUCGUUUCUGAGAACCAAUUUUAGCAGAACAGCAACAAAAAAUAUCUAGAAAAUGCAUUGCGAUAGAAGUAGGACUACAUAAACUAGGGGAACUAUUGGGAUCGCUAAAAUGUCGAGAAUAUUAAGUGUUCCUUGGUGACAGACUGGCAGAGAAGGAGGAGGAAUCUCGCAAUCAAACAGCGUCGCCGGUGCUUUCCUCUUCUCAACUAUGUGUAAUCCCGAUUGCGAAAUUACGGAAAUGAUAUUCAUAGAAAGACAGAAGCUCUGGUUAUAGCCUCGGUCCUUGGCUAAAGAUGAUAUAGAUGACACCCAGUAAUCGGCUUUACUGGAUGUCUCGACCAAAGAACUUUUGACACUAGCACCGUCUAAGCAGCCGUCGCGUAGUGAAUAGUGGCUCAGUAAGACAGUGGCCUCGUCCGUGGGCGGCCGGAGCGGGUUGGACGCCCACGCCCGGAGAUGGUGUCCCUCAGGCCGCCCACACCGGACCAUGGGGACGUGCAGGGGACCUAGCAGUCCACCACAGCCACUGCGUCACUCUGGACGGACACCGGAGACUCUUCAUCUACGGGCUUGGGUUUGGGCUUUCGCUCUCGCGUGGAUGAUCUGCGGGGCGGCGAGCGGCGCGUGCCCGAGGGGGUGCGAGUGCAAGUGGAAGGACGGGAAGGAGACGGUGGCCUGCAUCAAGGCCGACUUCAACGUCAUCCCGCGGAACCUCGACCCGUCCACUCAGGUGCUGGACCUCCAGUACAACAACCUCAAGGUGUUGCGCAAGGACGCCUUCGUUGACACGGGUCUCGUCAACCUCCAGAAGCUGUGGCUCAACUACUGCAACCUGCAGCGCAUGGAACGCGGCGCCUUCAACAUGCUGGCCAACCUGGUAGAGCUCGACCUGAGCCACAACCUGCUCCAAGUGGUGCCUACGGCCGCCCUCUGCGACGUGCCCGGCCUGCGGGACCUGCGCCUCGCCAGCAACGCCCUCACGUCCCUCCCCGAUGACGCAUUCUCUGCCACGCCGGAACUAGUUCGUCUAGAUUUGUCGAAUAACAGUAUAUAUAGUUUAGAAGAUAAUGCAUUUAGGGGUCUUGCAAGCUUAGAAGUGUUGAAGUUAACAGAUAACAGGCUAGUUCACAUUAGUCAAGAGGUGUUGGUGCCGCUCAUGGCGCUGCACGGGCUGCACCUGAACGAGAACCCGUGGCGGUGCGACUGCAGCCUGCGUCCUCUCCGCCGCUGGAUGAUCGACCACAAGAUCGCCGGGAUCGUGCCGCCGACCUGCGCCCGCCCGCGGCGCAUCAGCAGCCGCAGCUGGCACACGCUCGGCCUGAACGAGUUCGCGUGCGCCCCCGACGUCAGCGCCAUCACGCCGCGGGUCAUGGCCUCCAGCGACGAGAGCGUGUCCCUCGCCUGCCGCCUGGAGGGGGACGUGGAGGCCAACGUCAGCUGGUAUCACGGGGAAAAACGCUACAAAGUGCGCUACAAGGUACGCGAUUCCGUCUUCAAUAACACUGCCAAAGUUUCUAAUCUGACCAUAGGGAAAGUGCGAGCCAAGGACCAGGGCGUGUACUGGUGCGUGGCGCAGAACAAGGCCGGCCGCGCCGAGGCCAACGUCACGCUGGAGGUGUCCAACGAGAUCAGCGAGUACCGCCUGGUGGCCAUCAACCCGGCCUACAUGACCGGGGGGCUGCUGAGCGGCCUGGGCUUCCUCGUCACCAUCCUCCUCCUCGUCAGCUGCAUCAUCCACCGCCGCCAGAGAGUCCGCAGGUUCCGGAGGCAGGAGGAGGACCGCGAGGGGCGCGAGAUGCUGGCGGCGGCUCAGUCUUCCAUGUCUCGGGGCUCCUCGUGUGUCGCGCAGCCCGAGGUGGCCGACUACCACGCCGUGCCCUCGGGGGACCUCGACGACGCGCCCCUGCACCCGCUGCAGGCCAAGCAGUCGUACCUGGGCCGCGGCGCCGCCAACGGCCACUACGCGCGCGACAACUACACCGAUAAAAUCCAGCGCUACACCGACGCCGUCUCCGACCCGCGCAGGUACAAGGACGACCUCGAUGUCGACCUCAGGACGCGCAGUGAUCUCGGGGAGAAGAUGAGCCUGAAGAACCUCGAGCACGAGACCGACAUCCUGCGGCGGGAGUGCAGUCCCACGGGCUCGAUCGUGUCCAUGAUCAGCACGGGGCCGUACCCCGACCUGCUGGACCUGCCGUACGUGCGGCGCCACGAGGAGUAUCCACAGGGCUUCCACUCUCUCAACUCCAACCUCGGUUCUAUCACCAGAAAGCCGAGUCUUUCCCGUUACGCAGACCGCCACCGUGACUUCCCGUCUUACGAUAGGAGUUCACUGAGCGCUAGGUGCUACAGCGACCUCAACCUGACCAUGGGCGAGCCGGCAUCCCACGCCUCCGUUCACCCGAGACUGCGACGCAUCUCCACCCGCCACCGUCGCUGCCCACCACGCCAUGCCGACUCGGAGGACACGCCAUCAUGCACGAUCACGACGCCGCAGGCUCAGGAGGAGGAUGGAUGA